UUUUCUCUUUCCAGAAUGUUCUCAUUCAGAUCGGACUCCACGUGCUCUCUGUUAAUGGAAUGAUCAUCAAACAGGCAAGGAACUACAUCCUGAGAUGUCACGCCUGCUUUAAAACAACGAGCAAUAUGAACAAGGUGUUUUGUCAACAUUGCGGAAACAAGACUUUGAAGAAGGUGGCAGUGACGAUCUGUGAAGAUGGCAAUAUGAAGAUGCAUUUCUCUACCAAUCCAAAAGUACUGAACCCAAGGGGACUGAGGUACUCACUGCCUCAGCCACAAGGCGGGAAACAUGCUAACAAUCCACAGCUGGUGGAGGACCAACCCUGCCCACAGCAACGGUUGUCUCAAAAGGCUCGGCAAACGAAUGAUGUCUUUAACCCAGAUUACUUGGCUAAGGGAUCACCCUUCUGUGAAAAUGACAUCUACAGCCGAGCAGCCAACCUGCAAAUCAGAGAUGGUCGGGGUGGAGGCGGCAGACGAAGGGCCAAUCCCAACGCUGCCCGAAAGAAGUUCGUCAAAAAGAAGUGAGCGGCUAAUAAACGUUGUUCAUAUGCAUUUUUGUAGAAGUCUUCUUCUUGUUAUUCUGGUGGCUCCGUUGACCCCGUCUUUUGUGCAAUAAAAAUGAUUACGAAAAAACCU